GGCGCCGCGCUCCGGCCCCAGCGCGCAUGCUCUGCCCGGCUGCGGCGCUUCGGGCAGGCGGCAGCGGCAACAGCGGCGGCGGUGGCGGCGGCAGAGGAAGUUUCCGCUUUGCACUCCACCCCGGUAGCAGCUCCGCGGCAGGGACAGCUUCCUCCGGACGCUUGGCGGGCUUCGCUCUCGCCUUACGACAGCCCGGUCGGAUCAUGGGGUUGCCCAAGGGGCCGGAGGGCCAGGGUCUCCCGGAGGUGGAAACAAGAGAAGAUGAAGAACAAAAUGUCAAGUUGACUGAAAUUCUGGAGCUCUUGGUUGCAGCUGGGUAUUUCAGGGCAAGAAUUAAAGGCUUGUCACCCUUUGACAAGGUAGUAGGAGGAAUGACUUGGUGUAUCACCACUUGCAACUUUGAUGUAGAUGUUGAUUUGCUCUUUCAAGAAAACUCUACGAUAGGUCAAAAAAUAGCUCUAUCAGAAAAAAUUGUCUCGGUCCUGCCAAGGAUGAAAUGCCCACACCAGCUGGAGCCCCACCAGAUCCAGGGGAUGGAUUUUAUUCACAUAUUUCCUGUUGUUCAGUGGCUGGUGAAACGAGCUAUAGAAACAAAAGAAGAGAUGGGUGACUAUAUCCGCUCCUACUCUGUAUCCCAGUUCCAGAAGACUUACAGUCUCCCUGAGGAUGAUGACUUCAUAAAGAGAAAAGAAAAGGCCAUCAAGACAGUUGUGGACCUCUCAGAAGUGUACAAGCCCCGUCGGAAAUACAAACGCCACCAGGGAGCAGAGGAGCUACUUGAUGAAGAAUCUCGAAUCCAUGCUACGCUUUUGGAAUAUGGCAGGAGAUAUGGAUUUAGCCGCCAGAGCAAAACGGAGAAGGCUGAGGACAAGAAAACGGCACUUCCAGCAGGGCUGUCAGCUACAGAAAAAGCUGAUGCCCACGAGGAAGAUGAGCUUCGAGCAGCUGAAGAGCAGCGUAUUCAGUCGCUGAUGACCAAGAUGACCGCUAUGGCAAAUGAGGAGAGCCGUCUCACCGCAAGCUCCGUGGGCCAGAUUGUGGGACUCUGCUCUGCUGAGAUCAAGCAGAUUGUGUCCGAGUAUGCGGAGAAGUCUGAGCUAUCAGCUGAAGAAAGUCCAGAAAAAUUAGGAACCUCCCAGCUACAUCGCCGGAAAGUCAUUUCCUUGAACAAACAGAUUGCGCAAAAGACCAAACAUCUUGAAGAGCUGCGAGCAAGUCACACCAGCCUACAAGCCAGAUAUAAUGAAGCCAAGAAAACGCUGACAGAGCUGAAGACUUACAGUGAGAAACUGGACAAAGAGCAAGCAGCCCUCGAGAAGAUAGAAUCCAAAGCUGAUCCAAGUAUCCUACAGAACCUGAGAGCACUUGUAGCCAUGAAUGAAAAUCUAAAAAGUCAAGAACAGGAAUUUAAAGCACAUUGUCGAGAGGAGAUGACACGACUACAGCAAGAAAUUGAAAACCUGAAAGCUGAGAGAGCACCACGUGGAGAUGAAAAGACCCUCUCCAGUGGAGAGCCGCCUGGUACCUUGACCUCUGCGAUGACUCAUGACGAAGACCUAGACAGACGGUAUAAUAUGGAGAAAGAGAAACUUUACAAGAUACGUUUACUACAGGCUCGAAGAAAUCGAGAAAUAGCAAUUUUGCACCGCAAGAUUGAUGAAGUCCCUAGCCGUGCCGAGCUAAUACAGUAUCAGAAGAGAUUUAUUGAACUCUACCGCCAGAUUUCAGCAGUGCACAAAGAAACCAAGCAGUUCUUCACUUUAUAUAAUACCCUGGAUGAUAAAAAGGUUUAUUUGGAAAAAGAGAUUAGUCUGCUGAACUCAAUUCAUGAGAACUUCUCACAGGCCAUGGCCUCCCCUGCUGCCCGGGACCAGUUUUUACGUCAGAUGGAACAGAUUGUGGAAGGAAUUAAGCAAAGUAGAAUGAAGAUGGAAAAGAAAAAGCAAGAGAACAAAAUGAGAAGAGACCAGUUGAACGACCAGUACUUGGAGCUGUUAGAAAAGCAGAGGCUAUACUUUAAGACUGUGAAAGAGUUCAAGGAGGAGGGCCGCAAGAAUGAGAUGCUGCUGUCCAAGGUGAAAGCGAAGGCCUCCUGAACAUCCCCAGCCGUGGUUGUAUGUCAUUGAUUUUACUUUUAAGCACCGUAUAUCACCUACAGGAUCAUGAAAUGGUUCUGAAAGCGACAGUAGAGAGAUGCAGUUGUGAUGAUUUCAACAACCUGGAUGUUUUCUUUCUCCUCUUUGCUUCCAUUCAUCUCUGUUGGCUGCUGUUGAUGGAGUCAGACAGUAAACACGUGGCUUGGAUAACACCCAUCAUCCUAUGAAGAAUAUGGGGAGUACUUGUUCUCUGUUGAUUCAACUUUUAUGUCUCCAGUAACAUUGCGCUUAUGAAGGUACCUGUAUUUGUAUGGACUCUGAAUAAAGAAGAAUUCAUUUGUUUAGCAAGUAUUAGUUCAGCAACCACUGAGAAAUAAGCACUGAGGAAGAUUCAGAGACGUGUAAAACACAGUUCCUACUGCACAGGUACCCAGCAGGUGGCCCAGGGAGGCAGAUACAGCACACUUGACCACAGAACUGGGCUAUCCAAGAUGUUUUUCAGUAAACAGAAGGCAUUUAGCUGAAAUGAUCAGCCCAUGUAGUGUUGGUCACUUGGGCCUUUCACCUGCCAUGGUACCUUUUGUUCCCAGCUCCUCCAGGUGCCAGCCAGCAGGCUUGGUGGUGACAGCAACUGGAACGAAAGUUCAGUGUUGUUUUAAUUUUUAUGUGUUACUCAAGUUUAUUUCUCAGAAAAUUGAAAACAGACCUUGUGCUGAGGACACGUCAAUAAAAAUUAUACCUUCCCCUGCCCCAAUGUUCAUGUGAGUCACAGCAUGCAGAGGGGCUGUGCAUCCCCCUCAUUGAAGGCACAUUUGAUGAGGCUAUGCUGCAGAUGGGUCAUGGUCUGAGCCAGGAGAGAGACAGACACUGUUCCCUGCACUCAAGGCAAGUAGGGUGUCAGGAGGAAGAGCAGUAGGGUUUGCAGAGAUCCAAGGAAACUUCCUGGAGGAGGCAGCAUUUGAGCCCUAUCUAAAGGGAGAAUCGGAUGUUGAUAGGAAGAUUGUUUUAAGUGAAAAUACACUAUGAUUAAAAACCCAAGAGAGUGCAGAGGAGUACAAGGCAUGCAUGUUGGGAAAGGAGGGGAUAAGCUAGUCUCUGCAGGAGGCUUCAGAGACCCGUCUGGGAAGUAGGGCUGAGACUAGGCUUUGGAGGGCCUUGAAGGGCAGCUGAGGGUUGAUUUUAAUCCCUGGAAAUGACCAGUGCAGAUCAAACAUGGAGCUCCUGCUGCCCUGGUCCUCAGGAGUCUGGUAACUCAUUCAUGUUCUGUAGGUUUGUGCUCCAUUUUGCAUAAAUCUUGCAAACAUACCAGGUGGCAGGUUUGCACAGUAACACAAAAGCUUAAACAUGUCAAGCAAGUGGGGCAUUCAGCAGCCACAGAAAUGUGUUCAUUUUUAGUUCCCUAAUGGAUGUGAUUAAGCAGGGCUGAUGUGUACAGAUUUAAAAACAUACACACGUGCUGGAUUAAAAACAGCCACUGGUUUCAGUGCCAGGGCCAGCAAGGCCUGCCUGAGCCAGGCGGAAGCAGCAGCUUGCAAAUAGAAACUGCCACCUGCGAGCGCUUCUUGGGUCAUGUGCAGCUGCACCUCAGCUGGUCCCUGAGCCAUGGUCAUGUGGGGGUUUUGAAGGGCUAAGUUGAAGCAAGUAAUUGCAAAAGAACAGGUGGCACUCUGAGGGCAGGGGAAGGAGACAGAAGUUUGACUGCGUUUGAAAUUAUUUCAGUCAGGGAAACAUCUGCGUUGUCUUGUUAAGCAGCUUGUAGGCCCACCCCUGGCUAACUGAACUUUGUGAGCAGUUGGGGCAGUUAUUUGAAUAUUUGUCCAAAGGUGGUAGGGAGGCAGAUGACAUUCUGGGGUUACUGGAGUCCACCUCUGUGCUGAUGGGGAAAGUAUGGCAUGAUGAAUCCAAAGCAACCAGUAAUUCUUUUUGAAAGUGCAGGCAUUUAUUUUGAGCUGUAUUUCACAGGAGUUUCAUUUGGUUUGGUUUUGGUAUAGAGAGGUGUCCAUAGAUCUCUAUUCCUUUUUUUUUUUUAAUCCACAAGGCCUACUACGGAUAAAUCAGUUUUUGUUGCCUGAAUACACUUUGAAUUAGACUACGAAGCCAGUUUGAGCUCAAAUUUCACACUUGCUGCAGACAACUCUCAGUGUGGACAGUGCCUUUCUGAGUAAUUAGGAUGUUAUAUGACUUUUUGGUGAAGCUGUAUAGGCUAAGGAGAUGCCCCAAGGCCCCUGAUCAUUUCAGAAGCCACCUGGAGCACCAGAAGGGGUCAUCUUCCCAGGGCUAUGGCUCUGUGUGCUUAGACAUAGUAUGGAAUUGUGCUCUAAGCCCACAGGCUUCUCCAGAGUUAAAAGGAAGCAAGAACAUCCUUAAGUUACUUUUUCAAAAUAUGCGCUUCAGGAGGAACCAGGUUUCCCCAGGAGAGACAGGCUCCCUGCUCAAUCAGCACAGGGAGUUGCUAGCGGGCAGGCUGCCCAGUGCUGUGGAAUCUCCGCCAGCCUCUGGGUUGGGGGGUCCUUCCCACUUCUUGCUUCUUAUGGAGUACAUGGGACUGCUCUGCUUUAAGCCGCGAUCAGAGCUGUUGUGAGCAGGACAAGAUUGCGUGAUCACGAAGUGCGUGGGGAGUUGCUAGGACAUUUGUUGAUGUCUUUGACCUGUGCUCCGUCUCUGUUGGAUGACUGGGGUUAGCUAACACCACUAGAGGGAGGUACAGAAUGUUAAACAGUCGUCAGAGUCACACUGAGGGUUGUUUUAACAGAGGGCAAAUUCCCAGUUUGUCAAGCAUAUCUCUGUUAGAGUCCGAAGUUCAUGGUUUUAAUGGUUCUAGCUGGUAGUCCUUACAUAUUUUCAGGAUAGCUGGGUCCUGCCAGUGUCCGCUGAGUCCAUCAGCACAACCAGAAGGUCCAGGGUCCAGGCAUGGGAAGCAUUCUCUGACAAUACCGAGCCCUCGGGACCUCCUGAAACCUUGAGCAGAGGCUGGAGAAGACCUUCAGACAGUCCUUUUACUACCUCACAAAGUGCCAUGCCCGGGACCUCAGACCUCAGGGUUGUGACGUUGUUGAUGUUGUCAGGCCCCAGUACGUCUCUAGUGACCGAAGCAGACCUGCCUGAAAGGGCACUCCUGACAGUGAGCCCUGGCUCUAACCUGUGCCCUCAUAUUUCUGCUGCCUCAUAUGGUCUUGUUUGCCCACUCUGUAGGUGACUGAUGAUCACCCUAAAAGGGAGGUAGGUAUUAGCAGUAGCACAGUUACUUUGAGCCUGACCACUUGUUCUGAAGUGCAGAUGUUGAAACAUGCAUUGAGGAAGAACACUUUAAGGAAGCACUUUAUGAUUUACUCAUGGCUGGUGUUGGCCUCAAAGUAAAAGAACAUCUUAAUGCCAAACAGUACAAUAAAGAGCCCCAUAGGAUGGAUGCCAUCAUGUGUCCCCAUGGUUGGGAUUGCCAAGGAAAGUGCCUUGUUCCGUGCAUCUUCAGAAUCCCCCAGGCCCUCUCUUGAUCCUUUUCAUGAAGUCCAGAGCAUUCCUUCUAUUACAGGCUGAAGAUGCAUUGUAAAAGGUAAUGCUAUAAUAGUAUUCCCUCUUCUCACAAUAAAUGUGCAAAACUGGAAGAUCUGGUGCUGAUCUGCAGCAUACUUGACAACCCAGGGAAUACCGUGGAUGUUCCACGCCAGCCUUACAUCCGUCCCCAAAAUGUGCCAAGCUCACUGCCUGCCCAUGUCCAGUGGCCCUGGGCAACAAAAGUAAGGGCCUGUCUUACCACACUCUCCCCAGCAUCUAGCUCAAGGUAGAUGACUGACUGGGAAAUUCCGGUUGGAUAAAAUGGCUUUUCCACAUUGCAACUUUGCAUCUCUAUUAGGAAAAUUUAGAUUGAACCUUUCCUCUACUUGAUGCUUAGUUUGAGAACAGUUUUCACAACUUUAGAGGGUCUCUCUCAGAGUAUGUUAUACUGUAACCUUGAAGUUUGAGAUGAAACAAGGUGUCAGAGGUUUUGAAUCUUUCAAAGGAAUUGCCUUUUACAGAUUUUUUUUUUAUUCCCUAAGAAGGGAAAAAGAGAGGGAAGAACUACACUAAUGUUAGAGAUAAGGUAUGUUUUGGCUCAAAAUGUGUCAUGAACCUAAAGGUAACUUGAUGGGCAGAAAUGUCUCAGCCACGUGAACCAAGAAGUGGGACCACAGUGCAAGGCUGUGGGUGGCAGCACUAGAUACGGUGGUGGCAGGAGUGUGACAUGUAGGCACUCCAUGGGGGACAGCUGGACGGUGUCUAUCAAAAGUGCAAAUGCAUAAGCUCUUUGAACUAGCAAUGCUACUCCUAAGAAUUGUACCUGUGUACAAGGUACUUGUGUACAAGAGUUUUUGUUGAAACACUGUAAUAGCAAAAAGUUGGAGAGUGCCACCAAUACAGGGGAAUGGUUAAAUACAUUAUGGCCAGCUUAAACAAUGGAAUAGUUUGCAGAAAUUUAAAACAAUGGAUCCUGUGUGUGUGUACUACCAUAGAAUGGUCCCCAAGAUGCAUGAUUAAGUGAGGAAAAAAGCCCAUGGUAUCCUAAUGUUUGGAAUGGAGAAAGUGUGUAGAUGUAUGUGUGUGCAUAUGUUUUCACACAGACAUAUACACGUGUAUAUCAUAUGUCCACCUGCAUAUGCCUAGGAUGUCUCUGGGAGGAUAUCUAGCAGCCCGGCAGCCUGAAUUGCCUCUGGGAAUAGGGGGUGGGAAUGACUUUUCAAUGUACACCUUUUGUACCUUUUGAAUUUUGUACCAUGUACAUGUAUUAUCUAUUAAAAAAUAGUUCUUAAUUUUUAA